AUGUGCUUCAGAGAACUAAUACGUUCGUUUUCUCAUAACUUUUGCCAGAGAACGUUUAAAACGUCGGCCCUUGAUCUGUGGAAGGAAGAGGAAAAUCGGACCGGUUUGGUGACGUUCUGCAAAGAUUUGGAUCUUGCGCUUGGCAGUGGCAUUUCCGAAGGAAUGAUUACCGAACUGUGCGGUCCGCCUGGCAGUGGUAAAACACAAUUGUGCUUGCAGCUCUCGGUAAACGUACAAAUACCACAGCAGCUUGGUGGCUUACAAGGGCGAGCCGUAUACUUGGAUACGAAGUAUGGGUUUUGUCCGAAACGAGUGCAAGAAAUGGCAAAAGCGCUCCACCAGCAUUGUACAAACAUUGCUCUGCUGCACAAGCAAAAUCCAGACGAAAUUCUGGCUGGUUUUUCGGAAGCGACCGCCUUAGAUGGUAUUCUCUACGCUCACGUCACGAACUGUACACAAAUACUGGAAGCAAUAGCUGUGUUGCAGAACCGACUUUACGAUGGUGAGAAGAUCAAACUCAUCAUAAUCGAUUCGCUGUCGUUUCUCGUACGAAAUACAAUCACACACUCGAUGAAGCGAGUGAGACGUCUGCAUGAAAUACUUACACCAUUGCAUAAAAUCGCCCACAGAUUUGGUUGUGUAGUUAUUGUUACGAACGAUGUAACUACGCGCAUUUCGGAUUCGAAGCCUAUCGAACCAAUGGUAACGAAACCACAGAUAGUAUCAGCCCUAGGUGGAAGUCAUACGCACAAAAUAAAUCAACGAAUAUUUCUCGGUCGCGAUGAAACCGAUUACGAUUCCCAAUCCGAUCACCAACCUUCAUACGUGGCCUCCAUAUCAAAGGGCCAUUUUCUACCGUGCAUUGCUGUUCCGUUUCGUAUCGAAGCGGCCGGCAUUCGAGGUAUCAAAAAGCGGGACAUGAGGUAA